UUUGUUCUUUGUUCUUUUUUCCAUUUAGAUCAUUCAUUUGAUAAGCUUUGUAUUAACUGAAAAGUUGAACUGCUACUGACAAAAUGGGUCGUCGCAACAUCAAUACCACCAAGAGUGGUAAAUAUAUGAACCCUACAGAUCAAGCAAGAAAAGAAGCCAGAAAGAAGGAGCUGAAGAAAAAUAAGCGGCAGCGCAUGGCCGUACGCACGGCUGUUCUCAAAGGCAAAGACCCAACACAGCUUAUCAUAGAAAUGGAGAAAAUGGACCAAAUGGAAUACAAUGUUGAAAUUCCCCCGUCAUUAAGUGAAAAAGUUCUGAGUGAUAAAAGAAAGAAGCUGCGUGAAACAUUAGAUAGAGUCAUGAAACUCUAUGAGAAGGAAAAUCCUGAAUAUUGGGUGGAAAUCAGGCGCAUGGUUGCAGAAUAUGAGAAGAAGCGCGAAACUUUACUCGAGUAUUAUGAGGCAGUGAAGCACGCGCAGGCAGUCACUGUGGAUGAAAUUCCCCUGCCCAACUUGGACAUGCCAUCCAUACACCACCCUGACGUUUACGACGGCAUUGAGCUUCCUCCUGCGGUACCCAUGGACGCCUCAGGCCCUCACAAUGAGUCACUUCCCCAUAGUAUAUUGAAGAAGACAGGUCCUCCACUGGAUCUUCAGCCUGUCAUCAAAAUGCCUCCUGGCUGUCCGCCCACACUCCCCGAUGAAUUAUCCGAUAUUGAGGAGGAUGAAGAAGCUGAUCAUGUCGAUGAUGAUGACAUCGCUCCCGGUACCGAAGCACCAAACAAACGAAGAAAAAUUCGGUUUACAGACGAUGUAGACGUAGACGCAGAGCGUGACUCAGACGUCAGAGAUAAGUCAAGAAGUCGACCUGAGCAAAACUCCUACAAACUCGAUGAAAGAAAUCGUGGCUCUGAUUCCGGGCGUCAAGGGCUCACCAGUUUGCAAGCCAAGCUGCUCAAGUUGUCUGGUCAAGAUGUUGAUCAAUUUGUUAGGGAAACUGAAGUUCUUAUGCAGGAAAGAGAGGCGGACAAAGAAGCAGGCCUUCGGGAACGUCUUAGUAAACUCAGGGAUGAAGAUAAGCCGUUCCUGAAGGAGCCUGCCUCUCAAUCUGAGCCGCCAACAAAUGAGGCAGUGACAGUCGCUCUUCCGCCAGCUGAACCAGUGGCAAUGGGGAUGCUGGAUGCCUCAGUGCGACCUCCCACUAUGGUACCCGCUCCAUUCAAUGUUGCUCCCCCGGUCGCAGGCAUCCCUACCGCUCCCCCACCAUCACUGUUACCGUUCAGGCCUCCUGUCCCCAGACCCACGAUGCUGCCACCCCCGCCAAUGCGGGUUCGUCUUCCUCCGGGUCCACCACCCCAGAACCUGCCAUCCUUCAUGCCUCAAGGUAUCGCGCGCCUGCCUAACGUGCGUCUGCCUCCCCCUGUUCGACUGCCUGGCCUCCUGCCUCGCUUGCCGCCGCCCAUAGGUCCGGGGGCGGCGCCCAAUGUGCUCACCGCCGCGCCCCAGCUGCUGCCGCGCUCCAACCGCACGGCCGCCACCGCCACCGCGACCAUCCAGGCACGACCGCAGAUCAGGAGCCUGAGUGCUGACGUGACGCGCUUCCAACCCACCGUGCUGCGAGUUAAGAGAGAGGAUAAGAAGAAGUCCACUAAAUCAGCACCAGACACCAAGGAAGUUCGGGGCCGCGCAGAAGAAAUGGAAAGGAAGCCAACCAAAGACGACGCAUACUCGCAAUUCAUGCGUGAGAUGGAGGACCUGAUGUAGGUUUUCUGACCCACUUCUGUACCUGCUAAGUUUUGGCUGCUGACCCACUUGUACGCGACUUUCCCUUGUUUCUGAUGUGUUUGCCAGAUGUGUUGUCAUGGCCGCUGACAAUAAGAGCAGCUUGCUGAAUAUGCUUGGCUCUUGUUUACCGCCAUGAACAAAUACCUUGAUGUGUUUAAUGUAUAUAAUUGUAAGUAAGAAAUAAUUUUCUUUGUAAGAACCACCGUUUCACUAUAGUAGGUACUUCUCAGCUAAUAAAUAAUGAAAUUGAAUAUCUC